AUGUAUGCCUCAAGCUUGCUAGCUAGAUUCAUGCACUGUCCUACAAAUAGACACUAUGGAACAGCUAAAAGAGUUUUGAGAUACAUCAAAGGAACUCUGGACUAUGGUCUUGAAUAUGUGAAAGGCAAAAGAUCAAUUCUAGUUGGGUACUGUGACAGUGAUUGGGGAGGAUCAGUUGGUGAUUGCAAGAGCACAUCAGGGUAUGCUUUUAGUUUUGGAAGUGGAGUAUUUUCUUGGGCCUCAGUAAAACAGAACUGUGUUGCACUGUCUACUGCUGAAGCUGAGUAUAUCAGUGCAGCUGAGGCUACUACUCAAGCUAUUUGGCUCCGUUUUGUGCUAGAAGACUUUGGAGAGCUUCAAACUGAAGCUACUCCAUUGCAUUGUGAUAAUAUAUCAGCAAUUGCAAUCACUAAAAACCCUGUAUUCCACCAGAAGACAAAGCAUAUUGACAGGAGGUAUCACUUCAUCAAGGAUGCAUUGCAAGAAGGAGUAAUCAAUUUGGAAUACUGUCCUACAAAUGAACAAUUGGCUGACAUUUUUACCAAACCUCUGGCCCAAAGACAGAUUCAAUUAUCUCAGAGGCAUGCUUGGAGUGAAAUCACCUCAAAACUUAAAGGGGAGUGUUGA